AUGUUCACUCUUUUUCUAUCCUAUUUCAUGUUUCGAACAUUUCAGGGAAAUGUUUUGAAUGAAGUACAUAUGGUAACAAAACUUCUCAAGGAAAGUGCAGUUCGAAUCGAAGAACUUAUACCUUCAUUUUCUAAGAAAACCUGGUCACAAAAAUUACGAUCAUUGGAUUUAGGGAAAGUACUUCUCGGUGUGUUUCUGGCAACUGGCGUCGGAUUAACCGUAGUUAUGAGUCUUCAAGUUAGAAAUCAUUUUCGACGAACAUUUAAAAUUAUGUUCACAUUUAUAUUUAUCAUAUCAGUUGUACAGAACUGCUACGGAUUUUAUCUGGAGGAAUUGGCGAAAAUCGAUACAGUACUUAUCAAAACUUUACCGCAACAUUGCUUAAGUUAUUCCCAUGGAUUUUUUCAUACGAUGAAACUGGUAUUUACUCGAACAGUACAAGCAUCACAUAAUGAAUGCCUCGAAUAUCAAAAAGCUUUACGUAACGUCCCUCAUGCCCAUGCUACACUAGCGAAAGCUGUAUCGCUAACUGUGGCCCAAUUGUUCAUCACGCCACUUGGUGAGAUUGGCGAAAGCAUCUCGGCAUUUUUUGCUGGUUUAAUGCUUCAUGUGCCUUUUAUUGCAUCACCAAUCGUAAUUUCAUCCGUUCUAUUUUUCUUAUUCAUUCUGAUUAUUACAAGAUCAAAAUAUGCGUUAACAUCGGUCUAUGGACUUUUUAGUUUCCAUCCUGUUGUAACACCUGAUGUAACAAAGUCGCCUCAAUAUUUGGAGAAGGUAAACCAAUUGGAGCUCAAGGAAAAGGAAUGUGAAAAUUUGGAACAGAAAAUAACUGAAUUGAAAAAGCUAAGCCUUCCGCCUCCAAACAAUACGACAUCAUCAGUAGUCGGUCAAAAGUCAGUGAAUAGGAGUACACCUCUUUCCGAUGAAUCGCCGUCUUUAGCUGAACAAACUAUUACACAGGAAAAAGUUCCUUCGUCAAAUCAAGCAACUACAACGAAGGAACAAGAUCAAGACGUACCGACAAAUAAUUCCCAUCAUACGGGCUUUAAAGUUGAUUGA